AUGGCUUCACCUUCUCCACUACUGGACUGUGGGAUUGACCUUGAAACCGUCAAGAUUGUGGCCAAAUGCCUCUAUUUCAUUCUGUUCAUUCCCGCUCUUCUGCUGAACGUCAUGGCAGCUUGGAUCUCCUGGAAGCUGAAGACCAAAUCUUCAUUCAUCGUCUACCUGAAGAACCUUGUGGCGGCUGACCUUCUGAUGACCUUCAUCAUCCCGCUGAGGGUUGCUGAUAGGCUGCCUGGGUCGUCUCUGGCACUCCGAGCCUUUAACUGCCAGUUUGGCAGUGUGCUGUUCUAUCUCUGCCUGUAUGUCAGCAUUGUUCUGAUGGGGGUCAUCAGCCUCAACCGUUUCUUCAAGAUCGUGCAGCCCGGUGGGAACCUGCUCGGUCAAAGUGCCGUCUUUGGCAGAGUAGUCUCUGCAGUCGUGUGGGUAGUGCUACUCAGCAUAACCACCAUUCCAACCAUGGCACUCACCAGUGAGAAGCCUAACACAACCAACAGUGCAGAGCUGUGCAUGGCCAUGAAGAGUGACGUGGGGAAGCAAUAUCACCAUGCAGUUAUAAUAAUCUGCAAUGGGAUCUUCUUUGUCGUGUUAGUUGUCACUGGAUUCUCAUACACGUGCAUCGCAAAGAGGGUCAUCGAGUCAUACCGCAACUCAGGGAGCACAAACAAGGACGGGAAACGAAAGAUCAAAGCUCGAGUGUUUAUCGUCCUGGCGGUGUUCCUGGUCUGCUUCGGCCCCUACCACAUCACACGCAUCCUUUAUGUCCCAGAGCAGGUGGAGAACAAGAUUAACUGCAACUGGGCUUCACUGAAGGCCGCUAAAACCAUGACCCUUUGGCUCUCCACAACCAAUGUUUGUCUGGACCCCCUCAUCUACUUUUUGCUCUGCAAAGCCUUCCGGAAUAAAUUGUGUGAAUUCAAGAUUCUUGGGCAAUGGUUUUCCACUACGGCCCCUGCCAACAGUGAGGAGACUUCUCUUUGAACAAGUGGAAUUCCCAGCACACUGUGAAGACAGCAUUUUCACAUCAGACUGUGGCAGCAGUGGCAGAGGGACUCACUUCACGUGAUUGAAAGUGCACAUUUCCUAAUCGUCCAUGAGUGCAAAAGCUAAUACUGUAUUAGUGCAUAAUAUAAUCCAGUUCAUCUUUUGUAAGAGUUUGUUCAAUG